AUGAAUCUCUUUAGCUUUCUGAUAUUUUUGUUACUUUUAUUUUUUAUAAAUUUAUUUUUUGUAAAAUCUAAUUUCAAGAAUGAUGAAAGCUACAAUAUACCAUUGAAUGUAUUAUUUAAUAAGGGCAAGAAUAUAAGGAAAAGAGUAUGUAAUGAGUGUUUUUAUAAAAAUGAAGUUAGUUUAAUAUUUAAUAGUUGUAAGGUAUUGGAAAAUGUAAAAAAUAAUAAUCUGAAUAAAGCUAAAAUAAUGUCUUUUAUUAGACAGUCUCCUAAGAUGAUAAAAAGUUAUGUUACCUUGAAAUAUAAAUCCAGAUUCUCUGAGAUCCUUUCUGCUAAGUAUAUUAAAAAAUUUUUAUCAUCAAAGAAAAUGUUGAUAUUUGAUUUAUUGUUUUUAUUAGGAAAGACAUAUUUUAAGUAUAAUAUAUUGCUUAGUAUCUUGGCUUUAUUUAAGACCAUCUUUAUAAGAUUUCUUGCUGUUUAUAUUGCCCAACUUUUGUCUUCCUUCUUACUAUUUCAUUAUGUAAACAUGUUUUCACAAAGGACACAAGCAUACAUACUUUUUAUAAGUGGAUCAAACUAUAGCUCGAGAAUUAUAGGAUUUUUUCAAUUAAAUAUAAUUAAUUAUUAUAUUAAUAUCUUUAGUGAGGCUGUACAAAUUGCUCUUAUUCGUAUUUUAUUUAAUCACUAUGAAGUAGAAAAGAUAAAAUCCAUUUUAUAUAAUAGUUCUGAUUAUUAUAUAAACACAACGUUAACAAAUAAAUAUUCUAUUAUGUAUCAGUGUACCAAGAGAUUUGUUAUUUCAAGGUUUAACAAGUUGAGCAUAUUUACAUUUAAUUAUUUAAGAUAUUUCGUAUUAACUAAUUUGUUUUUUAAGCUUUUCGAAGGAACAUAUAAUAAAUACUCUCCCAGUGAUGUGAAAAUGCCAGGGGUUUAUUCAGACAAAAAGAAGAGCCUGAAUAAAGAUAUGAAAUAUGCAACUAAAAGAGAAAUAAAUAUUUUGAAAAAUUUCUGUAAGGAUACUGGAUGUCAUACAUGUGGUAUGACAUGUCAUGAAAAGUUUAUAGGUGAUCAUCAACCUCCAGUUCAAAUAAUAAAAGAUAUGGUUAAUUAUUAUAAAAAAAGAAAAUUCAUUUUAUAUUUUCUCAAAUUAUUUAAAUUAUAUGACACCAAGCAACGUUUAUAUCCUCAAUGUGUCAGAUGUUCUCAACUACAAUCUGCAUCUGUAAGAUGUAAAAAAUUAAGACUUAUACCACAUUAUAACACAAUAAGAAUGUUUCAUUAUUCAUCCAUAUUUCAUUUAUUCCUUAAAAUGUUAUUAUUAACCAAUUGGAAGCAAAUCAUUUUCUGGGAUAAAAAUAGCAUGAAUUGA